AUGUCGGAAAUGCCAAAGCGCUCACCGGGUCAUCUUCCAUCAAGCCAUUCUGCACCACUGUUCCAAAUUCUAUCCCAUAUAUUGGCAUCAGACUUAGGAAUCGUCACCUUCGCCCAGAUUGCGGAUGGGUGUCCUAUCCGAGGAGUUUACAAGGACUACUAUGUUUCAGUCCGACAGGUUUUUGAGGAUCGCUUGGAGCCAAGUGAAGAUGCCAUAGCUCUUGCAAAAGACCUGCGAGAUCACCUCUCCAUGGAUGAUAUUAUGAUUGAUAGUGACGCUUUGCAAGCAUACCAGAAUUCACCGAUAGGAUCUGAAAGAUUCAUUCUACGAUUCAUCGAGGUCGUCGCAAUCGCUAUUCAUCAUCUAGCGACUGCUUUAUCUCAAAAAGUCGAUGGAGGACUAAAUCAACCUAACCCGAUAGAAGCAAAUCGUCCCCCUGAUGUGAUCUUUGAAGAUGGAUCUCGAAUGGAGCUCAAGAUUAAAGCCCACAAGACAGCACUAUUUCACCCGGCAUAUGAAUUCUGGGAGCAGUAUCCCGAUGGAAUCGCUGAUAUUAUAGGUUACUGGGCUGAGUACCGGAUCUUUGGUGGAGUCGUACUCUUUGACCGUGGACAGUCUGAACUAGAGGCGCAGAAGAGCCAGUUUGCUCGUUUUGCCUUGGCUGCUCUCGAUAGCCAUAGUAGGGCUUCGGAAUGGAUGCGAUUGGAGGAUGAGAGGUGUACCAGGCAAAUCGAACCAAGUCAUGCAAUGUCAUUACAUAUCUAUCGUAACAAGUACGAGCGCAACAGUCCUCCCGGCAGGCCACAUCCCUAUAGUCUAGUCGCGCAUUCCCUCGGGCCCCUCCACCAACCCGACAAUUUGGCUCGGCUUGACGAGGCUUCCAGUCUUUCGGAUGCGAUGGAAGAAUCUUCAGAUGAUACCGAUGGGGAUCUUAUCUCAGACCAGAUAGAUUGA